AUGUACCGUACGGUUUGUGUUCCCGCUUUAUCUUAUGUGCCAGUCACAACCGACUAUGUCUAUUCAAGUCCAUAUUUGACAAGCAUUUCCCCCUUGUAUCCUUACGUCGACAGUUUACAUCAAACUAGUCGUGAAAUUCUUGAUAAUACAAAUUCUAUGAAACAUGACAUUAACUCAAUUCGUAUGGAAUUAAAAGAAAUUCGAAAUUCAAAUUCAAUAACUCCAAUGGACUCGUGUUCAAUAUGUGAAUCAAGACACCGUAGUCGUAGUCGAUCACCAUCACCAACUUCUCGUCGUCGCGACAUCUAUACCAAUGAUAAUGACACAGUUCAUUAUUGUGGUAUCUGUCAAGAUUAUGUGAAAAAACGUCCCUAUUCACCUCCAACCCCAUCUCCUAAACACCAUCGUGUAAAUUAUACUUCAAGUGAUGAUGAUGAAUUAAUCUACGAUUAUCGGAACAAAUACAAAUAUGGUUCAGUCAGCAGUCUCGAUUCUCAUCCAUCUUAUAAACCUAAGAAAAACUAUCCAUCAUACUUAGAUCGACAGAUAAUGGUAAAUCAGUUAAGAACACGCAUUCCCGAACAGCGACCACAAUGGAUACCUACUGGUUAUAAACAUGAUUAUCCUUACAGACGAUGGACACUCAAAGAUAAACCAGAACCUUGA